GCCGAAUGACGGGGCUUACACGAUGUUUAUGCAUUUCCCCGCCUUUGGAUCCCGUGGAGUUCACGAACAACGAGCAUCAGGAUCCCGGUAGUGAAGCAGCGCCUACAAUCUCAUCUGACACUAGCGUUGCGGCGACCACGUCCCGCCAAGAUGAUGUGUCCUAGCGAGCCGGGAGCGCUAUGAGAGAGAUACGCCCCCAGCUACUGAUCGACUAUCGUGUCUCUCGCAUUCCUUGUCUCGUCAGGAUUGUCCAGGCGCAAGGACGACCAGCAGAAUGGCCUCCAUAGACGACAAAGAAUUCCCGGUGGUCUCCAAGCACGGGCAGACAACCGGCGACGAUGAAGCCGCCAAAGUCUUUGCUCAAUAUGACGGCCCUCUGGAAUGGACAGAGCAAGAGGAGAAGACUCUCCGGCGCAAGAUCGACUGGAAGCUGAUCCCGAUAAUGUGCUUCACAUCGGCCCUGCAAUACUACGACAAGGCCAUGCUGGGACAAGCAGUACUUUUUGGCAUGAUGCAGGAACUAGACCUUCGAAAAGGCGAUCGCUACUCGAUGGCAUCCUCAACCUUCUAUCUCGGCUUCGUCGCAGGCUCAUAUCCUGCUGUUAUCUUGGCACAGCGAUAUCCACUUGAACGUGUGACAUGCGGCAUAGUCACUCUCUGGGGAAUUUGUCUGCUUUUGACUAUCACAUGUCACAACUAUCAGGCUCUAUACGCCCAGCGAUUCUUUCUCGGGUUUCUAGAAAGUGGUGUCAGCCCGCUGUUCAUGUUGAUGGUCGGGUCGUGGUAUCGGAAAGACGAGCAAGCUUUUCGAAUGGGUGCCUGGUACAGUCUGGCGUCUUGGUCAGCAGUGGUUGCACCUUUGAUCAACUAUGGCAUUGGCCAGAUCAAUGCUGUGCUUGCGCCAUGGCGAUGGAUGUACAUCGUUGCCGGAAUCAUCACCAUCCUGUGGGGCGCAGCACUUCUCUUUAUCCUUCCACCAGACCCUACUCGCGCGUCAGGCUUCACCGAGCGCGAACGAUAUCUGGCUGUCGCACGUCUACGUUCGAACAACUCUGGUGUACGCAAUACCAAGUUCAAAGUAGGCCAGGCUAAGGAGCUGCUCUGCGAUCUCAAAUUCUGGCUCAUGUUUUUCAUUGCGACCCUGAGUCUGAUCACAAACGGCCCAGUCUCAAGCUUCGCUCCUCUGAUCAUCCAAGGAUGGGGAUACACUUCACUGCAGACCUUACUGCUGGUGAUGCCUGCGGGAGUCUGGGUCGGUUCAUGCACACUCACUGCGACAUGGCUCGCCAUGCGUUACAGUCACCUGAACAUCCGAACGUACAUCGCCUUCUUCACUCAGUGCUUCACCAUUCUUUCAGCGGCAUUGUUGUGGAAGCUGCCUCGGAGCGAGAAAGGUGGACUUUUCUUUAGCAUCUACACCCUUUCGACCUACGGUGCUGGUUAUGGCGUCAUCAUGGGAUUGCAAGUGGCCAACAACUCUGGCUAUACGAAACGAUCUCUCGCCUCAUCAGGUCUCUUCGUCGGCUACUGUCUUGGUAAUUUCAUUGGGCCCAUGGUCUACUUGCAACGAGAGUCACCGGUCUACAACACUGGAUUUACCAUCGUCACCGUGGCAUCAGCACUAGCCGCAGUACUCAUCCUCGUCUAUCGCUACGUCUGCAUCUGGGAGAAUAGAAGACGAGACCGAACAGGCACAGCAGAAGGUUACGACCACGCCUACGAAGACCCUACCGACAAGGAAAACCCCCAGUUCAGAUACAUCUAUUGAUCGGAGAUAGCAUGCUAGCUCUGUUUGCACGGCCGCCAACUGUAUGACAAGAAUUAUGACGCUCAGCUACGAUUGACUUAGACAAGCUUCAACGUGGACUGCUCAACCACAAUAUCUACACUAUUCUAGCACACCUUUCGAUUUCCAGUAACCUUCCAAGUCUUUGAGCCACGCCCAUCUCGCCUUGGCGCCCCAGCCACGAUCUUUCCACGCAUU